ACAGCCUAUAUAUCUCUCUAUAAAUGAGUUAAUGAGUUGUAAUUUGGAAGUUCCGUUUUAUAUAACCAAUAUUUCUGGAGAAGGGAGGGAUGGGGACUGCAGUAACUGCCGAUGAGAUGAAUCCGUCAGGCUCAAUGGGGAAGUUGGUAACCGUGUUGAGCAUCGAUGGUGGAGGUGUCAAAGGUAUAAUCCCUGGAGUUAUCCUUGCUUUCAUUGAGGCCGAAUUGCAGAAACUAGAUGGAGAGGAGGUGAGAUUGGCCGACUACUUCGAUGUUGUUGCAGGAACGAGCACUGGUGGCUUGAUAACCGCCAUGAUAACUGCUCCUGACAGCAACAACCGUCCUCUCUAUGCUGCCAAAGACAUUGUGCCAUUUUACCUUGAGCAUUCUCCGGGUGUAUUCCCUGAUAAAAACAGUGGGAAAAUGCUUGGCUCGGUUGUAAACCUUUUCAGUACAGUGACAGGACCAAAAUAUAGUGGAAACUACUUUCGUUCUCUGGUGAGACAACUUCUUGGAGAUACCAAAAUCAGUCAAACCUUAUCAUCUAUUGUUAUACCCACCUUCGACAUAAGGCUUCUUCAGCCUAUUAUCUUUUCAACCAGCGAGGCAAAGAGGGAUGUUUCGAAAGAUGCUUUGCUAUCAGAUGUGUGCAUUAGUACAUGUGCUGCUCCAACGUAUUUUCCGUCUCAUUACUUCAAAACAGAAGACUCUGAAGGAAAAGUACUCAAGAGAUUCAAUCUCAUAGAUGGGGGAGUUGCGGCCAAUAACCCUACGCUACUAGCAAUGACUUCCAUUACAAAUGAUUUACUAGAUAACAAUGAAGACUUAGCACCCAUUAGUGCCACGGACUACAGGAAAUACAUGAUCAUAUCUAUAGGAACAGGAAAUGCAAAGAAUGAAAGAAAGUACAAGUCUUCAGUUGUCUCCAAAUGGGGUGUUUUGGGGUGGUUGUAUGAUGGGGGAAAUGUUCCUCUUAUUGAUGCUUUCUGUCAAGCAAGUGCAGAUAUGGUUGACAUCCAUGCUUCCACUCUCUUCAGGGCACUCCACUGCCAGGAAAACUAUUUACGAAUCGAGACAUAUGACUUAGUCGGAAAUACAGCAUCAGUGGAUAUUUCAACGAAGAAGAAUAUGCAAAAAUUGAUUCAGAUAGGCCAAGAUCUAUUGAAGAAGACUAUGUGUAGGGUAAACUUAGAAAAUGGAAUUUCUGAGGAGAUUGAAGGAGCAUGCACCAACGAAGAAGCCUUAAUUCGUUUUGUUAAGGUUCUCUCUAAUGAACGUCGGGCUAGGCUAGCCAAAUCUGCAUUAUAACAUUCAUUUUGUAGUAUAAGAGAAAAUGUAUUUUGCUGCACCUUGUAACUUGUAGUUGUAAAGGAUUUAAUGAACCAUGCAUAUCAGUACUAAAACGCUGGAGUUGUAAGCGGUUAGUUUGCUGUAAACUACUCUAUCUGUUGCACGGAAAUUUAUAUUUUCACUUUUUCAUUUUAUCAUAUUCAUUUUCUAAAUUAAAUAAAAAAACAGUUACGCUUCA